UUACAAGUCAUGAAUUACAUCUAAUAUUUUUCAAAUAAAUUUAAGCCCAUAUUUUCCCCUCAAGGCACGUUGUAAUAUAAAAAACACUGCUGCUUUGCUUACUUUUGACCUUGUGUUCUUUUUUUCCCCAAGUUUUUACCAGCUGAUCAUCUACCCCAGUUUUUGAGCUCCAUCUCAAGGAAUCCAACAGUUUCCAUGGCGGAGCAUGUUCAUGCUGACCAUGCGAUUCAUGGUUGCUUCUCCAAGGUUGAUGUUGGACGCCUCAGGGGAUUCGUCUCUACAACUACCAUCUUCGUCUUCUUCUUCUUCCUCCUUGCUAUUGCUGCUCUGCUUAAUUGGAUGAAUUUUCCUAUCAUAGGUGGCACUCCACCACCACCACCACCACCACUAAGCUCUGAAAUUCGUCAUGAGAAGGUUGAAUUUCCUCUCAACUGUUCUAAUUUAGUUAACCAUACGACGGUGUUUGAGCCCAAAGAAUCAUCCACUAAUAAAACUUGCCCAGACUAUUUCCGGUGGAUCCACCAAGACUUAAAGCAAUGGAAAAGUUCGGGAAUUACAAAGGACAUGAUUGAAAGGGGAAAACCCAUUGCGGAUUUCAGACUCGUCAUUGUCAAUGGAGAGGCUUAUGUGGAGAGGUACAUCAGGUCAUUUCAAACCAGGGAUCUGUUUACAAUAUGGGGUAUUUUGCAGCUUCUAAGGUUGUACCCUGGAAAAGUACCAGAUUUAGACCUUUUCUUCUAUUGUGGGGACAACACUGUAAUCAUGAAAAGUGACUACAAAGGACGCUAUGCUGCAUUAGCACCGCCAGUGUUUCAUUACUGUGGAGAGGAGGCAGCACUGGAUAUUGUGUUCCCUGAUUGGUCCUUUUGGGGAUGGGUAGAGGUUAAUAUAAAGCCAUGGGAGGAGCAAUUGAGGGCAAUAAAGAAAGAGAGGGAGAGGAUCAAGUGGGAAAAGAGGGAACCUUAUGCCUACUGGAAGGGUAACCCAACUUCUCCAGAUAGGGGAGAUCUUUUGAACUGCAACGUUUCAGAUAAACACGACUGGAAUGCUCGGCUUUAUGUGCAGGAUUGGGCUAAAGAAAUCCAAGAAGGUUUCAAGCAUUCUAAAUUGGAAGAUCAAUGCACCCAUAGAUAUAAAAUUUAUAUAGAAGGAAGGACGUGGUCCGUAAGUGAGAAAUACAUACUGGCAUGCGAUAGCAUGACCUUGCUGGUAAACCCUAAAUACUAUGAUUUCUUCUCGAGAAGCAUGAUGCCGAUGCAGCAUUUCUGGCCUAUCAGCAAUGAAAACAAAUGCAGAGAUCUUAAGUUUGCAGUUGAAUGGGGCAAUAAUCACACUCACAAGGCAGAGGCCAUAGGGAAAGCAGGAAGCAAAUUUAUUGAAGAGGCUUUGACAAUGCAAAACGUGUAUGAUUACAUGUUCCAUUUGUUGAACGAAUACUCUAAACUCUUGAAGUUUAAACCGACAAUACCUCCAAAUGCCCGAAGGCUCUGUUCCGAAACCACAGAGCAAGGCCUAUUGAAGGAGUUCAUGGUGCAGUCGAUGGUGAAGUCUCCUAGUGAUAAACUUCCAUGUACAUUGCCUCCCCCAUUUAAGCCUCAAGCCAUUCAAGCUUCUCUCAAGGCAAAAGACAAAAUAGCUAGACAAGUGGAGACGUGGGAGACUGAAUAUUGGAAAAAACUAAAAGCAUAAGCAGCAUUAGAUAGCUAGAAACCAAACCUCUCUUUCUCGUUUAGUUUUCAUAAACUUCAAUUAGUUUUCAUAAACUUCAAUUAGUUUAGCCAAUUAAGAGAAUAAAUAUUCCACACUACAGUUUGGUGCUUGUUAGCCAAAGUAGCUUCCGCCUUUUUCUUUUUAAAACUACAAGCAGUUAGUCUACAUAAAUACCUAUUUUUUGAAUAGUUUUUACUUAGGGAUAAAAUUCCGAGUCAAAUCUUAUUAUUAUUUUCAUUAUGUGUAUGUAAUUUUUUAUUGUCAUCAAAUUCAAUUGAUAGAUGACAUUAACUCAA